AUGACGCCCUUCGUUGCGACCGAGGAGCCCGCCUCGGCUGCCCCGCCAAACCACAGUCUCAAUCACCAGCUGCAGCGACAGCGGCACAAUGAGCACGAGGCCGACGACGACGAGCAGAAGCGCAUAGCCAAGCGGCCGCGUACCAUGACAUCGACGGAAGAAAUCGACAAUACAAUCACACGCCCCGGAAGCGUCAAGAUCAAUGUCACUGGCGCCUUCAUUGUCGACCCGGACGCUGCAACACCGGCGCAGAACGGCAGCGACAAUGGAAGAGUCAGCCCGUCGCAUCACGAGACAAGCGACAUCCGGCUGCCAAACCACACGGCCAUAGUCAGCCAUAUCGCAGUAGAUAUUGGUGGCUCUCUUGUCAAGCUCGUCUACUUUUCUCGCGAGGUCGAUUCCACAGACCCUGGCGGUCGCCUCAACUUCCAAUACUUCGAGACGGAUCGCAUUGAUGAUUGCAUCGAGUUCAUGAAGCUGCUGCGCGACAAGCACAAAGCUCUCAAUGGGUCGCGGUCGCAGGAGCUGUGCGUCAUGGCCACUGGUGGCGGCGCAUACAAGUUUUACGACAUCAUCCGAGACGCAUUGGAAGUCGAGGUAUUGCGAGAAGACGAGAUGGAGUGCUUGAUAGUUGGACUCGACUUCUUCAUCCAGGAAAUUCCCCGUGAGGUUUUUACCUACUCCGAAGCAGACCCAAUGCAUUUCGUCAGCCCUCGAGAGAUCAUAUAUCCAUAUCUUCUUGUAAACAUUGGUUCUGGCGUUUCCAUGCUCAAGGUUACGGGCCCUCGGUCGUUUCAGCGAGUUGGCGGCACAUCCCUCGGCGGCGGUACCCUCUGGGGGCUUCUUUCUCUUUUGACUGGGGCACGAUCGUUUGAUGACAUGCUGGCCGAGGCCGAACAUGGCGACAACACCAAAGUGGACAUGAUGAUUGGAGAUAUAUAUGGCGCAGAUUAUGGCAAGAUUGGCCUUAAGAGCACCGCCAUUGCGUCCUCGUUUGGAAAGGUGUUCCGCAUGAAGCUGCAAGCCGAAGCUGCAGAAGCUGCAGAAGCUGCGGUCAACCAUUCUUUCUCUUCGGCUGACAUAUCAAGAUCGCUACUGUAUGCCGUGUCCAAUAACAUUGGUCAAAUCGCCUACUUGCAAUCACAAAUCCACAACCUCAACGACAUUUACUUUGGAGGCUCCUUUAUCAGAGGCCACCGCCAGACAAUGAACACGCUCAGCUACGCCAUCAAGUUUUGGAGCAAGGGCGAGAAGCAGGCCUACUUUUUGCGACACGAAGGCUACCUCGGCGCUGUCGGUGCGUUCCUCAAGAGGCAGCCGGCUAACUGGGGCCGCAGAGCAAGUCUCGAGGGUAUCGAAGAUCUUCAAGAAUGGCGAAAGAGUCUAAAGAAGACAGAGUCAGAAACGAAAGCAUGA